AUUUUGUAAGAGAAAAAUGGAACCUAACAAGUCCCUUGUUAUUGACGAAAAAUCUUCAAAUUACAUUUUAUUCAUUGCAUUCUGACUGUGUGUAUUUGUCUCUGAUUGUGAGGUUAGCAAAUUAUAUGGAUUGAUAUAUUCAAAAGAUGCUCAGUAUACUAGUCGGAAUUAGAAAUCACACUAAUAUCUACAGUAUUCGCUCAAUGAGUGAAACCAUCAAAGUUAAUAUAUACAAACACAGACGUUUACCUCUAGCGAGGUUCGGGACAAUUCAUCACAAUACUGAGAUACAACCGAUGAGCAAAAUCUAUCAUUUACAACCCUAAACAACAAAGAUUUUCAAGACCGUUUCAUACACAAACCAAAUGAAAUAGUGUAUUAUUUAUGUGUGGAUUUAACCAACUAAUUUAUUUCGGUUGGUAUAUGACACAUUUCAGUAGUAUUAUUUACUAUCAAGUAUAAAAAGAUGCUUUGAAUUUGUUUGAUUACACAAAUGGUUUGACUUUGCUUCAUUUCAGAACACAGACAACUCAUUCACCAACCGAUCACAUCAGUACUGAACGAAUUGUUAGUAAGACAGAGAAUGUCACUCACCCAAUGUUCGCUGUAGAAGAUGUCCACAGAAUAGCAAAUGAAACAAGAAAAACCACAUUGAAGAUAGUUCAGUCAUCUGAUAAACAUCGACCAAUAUUUAUUCGUUCACCAUUAAAUAAAAUUGAUUCACAAGGAUAUGUUUUUCAACCAAAAAUAGACACCAGUAACAACUUUUCUGUUGAUAAUGAUGUCCAUAAUAUAAAAAAUAAAACUAAAGAACGAAAAUAUGAUAAGGUUUUAGAAAUUUUAUUAACACGAACAAAUGCUCAACGCCAACAAAUCGCAUUUCAUUAUAACAAAAUCUUUAAAACGUCAUUAAUGAAUGAAAUGAACAAUGUGAAACCGAAUAAUUUGAAACUAUUACUUCAAGAUCUAUUAACAGAUACAUCAAUUUUAUUUGCUGAAGAAUUGUAUAAAGCAAUAUAUACAUCAAAUUUACAAAUAACAACUGGUUUAUUGAUGGAUUUCUGGGAAAAUGAAUUUAAUCAAGUGGAAAAUAUUUAUAAAUUAUAUUCGAAUGAAUCAAUUUGGAAGAGUAUAGAAAAACGAUUCGGAAAAUCUACACAAGAAUUUAUACAAUGUGUAGUUGAAACAAGAAAAGUUAAAAUUGAACAACAACUAACUGAAGAUGAUGUUUUUAAGCCGGUAGUUAAUAUGAAUGAAGUUAGUAAAACAUUUCAUGUUUUGUUGAAACAAAUGAAUUCAGUGGAACAUAAUCAACAACAGUUAAGUAAUCUUCUCUGUAAACUUAAUCCAUUUCAAAUAGACGAAUUAGAUAUGAUGUACCAACGAGAUUUCAGAAGAGUGUCCUCUGAAUUGAUUCAACGUGGAUCAUCUGGUGAAAUGCAUGAUUUAUUAAUGUCAUUGUAUAAAUAUUCUGUAACGAAACCAAUGUAUUUUGCUAUCUUAAUACAUGAUGCACUUUAUAAAGAACUUAUCGAUAUGUUAACUGCUCAACGUUUACUUAUUUUUCGUUCAGAAAUUGAUUUACAAACAGUAUGUGAUCUAUAUGAAGCAGAAUAUGGAAUCUAUUUGGCAGAUGAUGUAAAACAGAAGUAUUUCAAUAAACAAGAUAAUGCUUUGACAAAUCUUUUAAAGACAGAAAAAUCAAUUGUCUUUUAAUCUUCAGAGCACCUGUCCCUUCAAUGGAAUUUUUGUUAAACAUCAUGCUGUUCUUUUUAAAUCUCCAUAAUGGUUUCUGAAAAACAGAAUGAUUUAAAUAACUUAACAGUUAUUUGCUUUAACUAACUUAUUCAUUCUGGAAUCUUGUGUUGUUAUGUUAAGCAAUCCAAAUUAUAAUUAGAACAAGUGAUUAACGACGCACAAUGCUAAUUUUUCAUGUUUAUUUGUUGUACGACAUGGAAUGAUGCAUAAUAUAACAGUUAAAGAAACUAGUUUGUUUUGUACAAUGGAUAUGCCUGACACUUUUCGUUUCAGAUAUAUCUUUGUAUGUUGAUUACGGUUUUCGUUUUGUC